AUGGAUGUGAAGGAAGAGAUGAAAGAGGACCCAGAGAAUAACAAGAAAUCAGAGCCCGAGGCUCCAGAGGACGUCCAGUGCAAUAUGCGCGAACUGGGCAGCCCAGGAAACUUGAAAUGGAAAGAUUUCGCUGAGCAGCUUCAGGUGGCCUUUCCCAGGCGGACCGAUUUGUCCUACCUGGAGAGCCUUGAGUUGCCUCGGGGCCACGACCCGAGUGAGACGUUUCGGGUGUCUUUGUGGCAACUGGGCUUUGUGGAGUGCUGCAGCUCCAAGCCUAUGACUUUUAGAGUCACGGCAGCGGCCCUGGCAGACGAGUAUUUAACGAACACUUGUCUGACUGCACAGGAGCCUUUGCUUCUGUAUCAGCAGCCCUUUGACCUGCCCUCGGAGUUCAAAUACUCUGAGGAGCUUGAGGCGGGGCUGAAAGGGGCUGCUCGUGCUACCAGCAUGCUGAUGCUGGCGCACGUUAUUUUGAAUGAGUUGAAAGUCGACGUGCAGCUUUUGAAUCCAAGCUUGCACCAAUCCUUGCUAGCAGUGUAUUGCCGACUUGGCACUGCCGCAAGUGAUUCAGCAACCAUCGCCAUGGAGAACGCACGGUUGUCCGCUCGCGGAGUAAUCCGUAAGGCCCAUGACGUCAUCACAUGGGCGGGCAAGCUGCAUACCCUUAAAUUGCAAGGACUGCAGCCAGCCGAAAUCAUCAACAAAUACAACGAAAGUGCCACGAAGGACUCGGCCAUCCAGGGGGCCAAAAGGAUGGGCCUGGUGGCACUCUUGGAUUUCCCCGAGCAGUGCCUAUCCUUGUUGCUACAGCACGUAUCCGAAUUUGGAUUUGAUGGCUGCGCAUUCAAUGAGACCGCUUUUAGCAACAAGAAGCCCAUGCCUGGCUUUCAGCCGCGUGCAAACAGCGACCGAGCAUGGCAGAAAAGGCUAGCGGCAACAUCCGAAGGCUACGAAUUGCUGGUCCGCUACGUGCAUUGUUCACACGCGCGCAAACCCAGUGCAAUUCGCUCCAAAUUGGACACGGCUGCAAUGACCGAGGCAACGCAAAUGAGUCAGCUCUUGAUUUCAUGUUUGCAGGAAAUCCAAGACCAGCACGCUUUGCCCGGGGGAGCGAAAGACAAAAUCCUACAAGACUUCGUGGAUGGAGACAACAACCUGGAGCUGGAAUUACAAGGCGCCAUCUCAGAAUUGAAAAAGGGAUGGCAGCCUGCUGAGCUGACACCUUUCAGAGAGCUUAUCGCUACUUGCAUAGCCAACCGCGAUGGCAAAUUGGAAGCGCUGGGGAAAGGCCGCUGGGCAGCUUGA